AUGGGUGACCUCCGGGCUGCACUCCGGCUGCACGCUGCCCUCUGCGCGUGUCCCCACAAAACGGCACUGUUUGAGGCGAGCGCGGUUGGAUUUGCGCUGCCGGGGGCUUUUGUUGCGCUCAGGGGGCAGCGGCGGCGACGGGCCGGGGCCCACGUGAAGAGGAACGCGAGGUAUUCGCACCCGGCCCACGAGCAGUACCCCGCCGGCAUGGCCCGCGCCUACGGGCCCUACACGCCGCCGCCGCAGCCCAAGGAUAUGGUGAAGCCGCCCUACAGCUACAUCGCGCUCAUCACCAUGGCCAUCCAGAACGCGCCCGAUAAGAAGAUCACCCUCAACGGGAUCUACCAGUUCAUCAUGGAGCGCUUCCCCUUCUACCGGGACAACAAGCAGGGCUGGCAAAACUCCAUCCGCCACAACCUGUCCCUCAACGAGUGCUUCGUCAAAGUGCCCCGCGACGACAAGAAGCCCGGCAAGGGCAGCUACUGGACGCUGGACCCCGAUUCGUACAACAUGUUCGAGAACGGCAGCUUCCUGCGCCGCCGCCGCCGCUUCAAG